AUGCAUGACAUCGGCAUGAAAGUUCAGCAACCAGACGAGCUGGCCAAGUCCGUGAAGCUGACGUCGCGCGAGCGUCGCUUCAUAAAGUUCGCCAGCGUGGAAUACGGCGGGCAGCUCUACAUGACGCCACAGGACUUCCUCGAAUCAGUCGUGGAGCAGGAGCCGAGACCUCGGCUGAAACGACGCAUCCUGACUACUAAGGAGAUCGAGUACCUUCGCGACCACACGCCGCCGCUCAAAAAGGGUUCCUCGCAAAUGUUCCGCAGUAUGAGAGACAGGGGUAUCAUCUCGUACACGGAGUAUUUGUUCCUGUUAUCAAUACUAACAAAGCCGGCGUCAGGGUUCCAAAUAGCGUUUAACAUGUUCGACACGGACGGCAACCAAAGAGUAGAUAAGAACGAAUUUCUAGUCAUCCAGCGUCUGCUCGGAGGAUCAUUGAAGGAUCGGAAAGACCUGGACCCGAAAACUCAACAGGCAAUGGAGAAGAUCUUCAGUUUUGCAUGGAAAGGCAAGAGAGGAAUUGAGAAUCAACAAGGUGAAGACAAACAGGGGACAGAAGACAAGCCCCAGGAUAACUACGUCAACGAUGAUCAGGGUUUGCAGCGCAGGCACAGUGUCGAUACAUUUUUACAAAUUCACUUCUUUGGUAAGAAGGGCACGAGCGAUCUCAAAUUCGAGGGCUUCAGGCAAUUCAUGGAGAACUUGCAAACCGAAGUCCUCGAGCUCGAAUUUCAUGAAUUUUCUAAAGGGCACGAGACGAUAUCAGAAGUGGAUUUCGCAAAGAUCCUCCUCCGUUAUACAUACCUUGACACGGACGAGUACGACAUGUACUUGGAUCGGCUGCUGGACCGUGUGCACGACGGGAGCGGCAUCACCUUCGACGAGUUUAAGACCUUCUGCCAGUUCCUCAAUAACCUCGAGGACUUCACCAUCGCGAUGCGCAUGUACACGCUCGCUGACCAUCCCAUCUCUAAGGACGAGUUCCAUCGCGCGGUUAAGAUCUGUACGGGUAUCGCGCAAUCGGAACACCUUGUUAGCACAGUUUUCGCGAUUUUCGACGCGGACGGCGACGGUCUUCUCAGCUACAAAGAGUUUAUCGCCAUCAUGAAGGACCGGCUGCAUCGAGGAUUCAAGUCGUACGCGAAAAACGAAGGCUGGGAGGCGUUCAAGACUUGUGUCAAGCAGGAAAUGAAGAGCACUGUUUAG